AUGGGUGGGCUUAAAAACCAUGUGCGAACCGUCCACGAUGGGAGUUUCACUGGCUUCAAUACGCAGGUGCAUCAUUCUCAGCCUCAAUCUGCAGAUUCUUUGCCACGACCAACCAAUAAUCGUAAUGCGCAUGAUGCUCAUAGCCCCAUUCUCAAUCACCAUGACUCAGAGUACGAUACCAACCCUCUUGGUCGGGAUCAACCACUGCCACAGGAACUUGAGGAACCACCACUGGAGCGGAAAGAGCAACAUCCCUUGAUCAAUGGUACGUUAUUUUCACUUUCCAAAACAAUGGUAAAACCAACAUUUAUUACUACAGGACGACCAUGCGAUGCAGAUGGUGUCUAUCUACCUGACGGAUGUGUCCCGCCGCCCUGGGAUUAUCUGCCACCCAAUGACUUCGCACCCUUUGAGCAUCGUUCAAGCUUUGAGUUGGCAGAUCUGAUCUAUCGGCGGGAGCAAAUGUCUGCAGCAAACAUUAAUGACCUUCUGCAAAUUUGGGCAAGCACUUCACAUGAAGCCACUAACGAACCACCAUUUGCCAAUGCGAACGAUCUAUAUGAAACUAUUGAUGCUAUCACAGAGGGUGAAGUGCCUUGGCAAUCCUUCAAAGUCUCAUACAGCGGUGCUUUGCCAGAGGGCCGGGAUCCAGACCCAUGGAUGACUACCGAGUAUGAGGUUUGGUACCGAGAUCCUAAGCAGAUUCUUCAGCAUCAACUGGGAAACCCAGAUUUUGCUAAUGAGAUAGAUUUGGCACCGAAGCGAGUUUAUGACAACAAAAACAAAUGGCGUUACUGUGAUUUUAUGUCGGGCAAUUGGUCCUGGCGACAGGCGGAUGAGCUUGCUAAGAAUGAGGAUAACCAUGGAACUGUCUUCUGCCCUGCAAUCUUAGGGAGCGACAAGACUACUGUUUCUGUAGCCACCGGUCAAAAUGAAUACUAUCCAGCUUAUAUAUCCAAUGGCCUCAUCCACAACAAUGUUCGUCGAGCUCAUCGAAAUGGGCUUACCUUGUUUGCCUUUCUUGCAAUCCUGAAAAGCAUGUCGGAUCGCGAGCAUCAUGACAGCGCUGAGUUUCGCAAAUUCCGACGGAACCUGUUUCAUGGCUCACUUCGUGAGAUAUUUGAAAGCCUUCGUCCUGCAAUGGAGACACCGGAGGUUGUUCGCUUUGGGGAUAGACAUUUUCGGCGUGUAAUAUAUGGACUGGGACCAUACAUAGGUGAUUAUCCCGAGCAGGUUCUGCUGGCCUGUAUCAUGUCUGGUUGGUGUGCAAAAUGUACUGCAGCAAGUAACGAUUUAGAUGGUGAGGGUGGUCGAAGGCAACACAGCCAUACAGAGCAUUUGUUUCAGGCUAUGGAUGCUCGGGAACUGUGGUAUAAUUAUGGAGUGAUUGAUGAUAUCAUGCCAUUUACGCACUAUUUUCCCCGAGCCGAUAUCCAUGAGCUUCUGUCCCCCGACUUGCUCCAUCAGAUCAUCAAGGGAACAUUCAAGGAUCACCUCAUGACAUGGGUUGAACAAUACAUCAAGCAGGCGCAUUCUCCACAAGAAGCUGCCAAGAUUCUAGCAGACAUUGAUCAUCGAAUCGCUGCUGUGCCUGCGUUUCCAGGUCUGCGCCGGUUUCCAGAGGGUCGAGGAUUUAAGCAAUGGACUGGUGAUGAUUCAAAAGCCUUGAUGAAGGUUUAUCUUCCUGCAAUUGCCGGACACGUUCCUGGACAGAUUGUGAGAGCUCUUAGUGCUUUCCUCGAGUUCUGUUAUCUCGUCAGACGACCUGUAAUCGAUGAAGAUGGUCUUGUUGCAAUCGACAAUGCCCUGGACCGCUUUCAUCUUGAACGGCAAAUAUUUGUACAUGAAGGCAUUCGACCAGAUGGGUUUUCUCUCCUGAGGCAGCAUUCCAUGGUCCAUUAUCGGACACUCAUCCAGGAGUUUGGUGCUCCCAAUGGCCUUUGUUCAUCAAUAACAGAGUCAAAACAUAUCAAAGCCAUCAAGCAGCCAUGGAGACGCUCUAGUCGCUUCAAUGCACUCGGCCAAAUGCUCACAAUCAACCAGUGUCUAGACAAACUUGCAGCAAUCCGUGUACAUUUCCAUUCGCAUGGCAUGCUUGCCAAUUCUGUGUUUACGCUUCCUGAUGAUGGAACAGCUUCCACCACUGACAUCCCAGAUGAUAAUGAUGACGAUGAUGAGAUUAUCGAGGGACAGAAAAUCUUAGGUGAAGUCAAACUGGCCCGGAAAUACUUGAAAAAAUGUCCCCGCAAUAUCGUCCAGCUCUCAAAAUACCUCAAGCUCCCCCAGCUACACACCCUUGUUUGGCAGUUUCUUUAUGAGCAAGAACAUGAAGACCUCGACAUUCCGUUAGACGAUGUCCCCUUGGAUGACUGCCCUGAGUUUGAAGGGCGGGUUUAUGUUUAUCCUUCAGCUACGGCAACAUAUUACGCACCUAGUGACAUCUUGGGGAUUGGGGGCAUGCAUCGCGAGCGUAUUCGGUCAACAAGGUCAUGGCGAGAUGGACCGGCAAGGUUUGAUUGCGUCUUUGUCGAGGCCAAUCCCGAUGAACCUGGAUUUCGUGGCCUGCAUGCAGCACGAGUGCUUCUAUUCUUUACGAUUCAAUAUCACGGUCUCACAAUCCCAUGCGCACUGGUAACUUGGUUCUCUACUUUCCAGGACAGGCCCUGUGAGGAUACAGGUAUGUGGAUAGUCAAGCCAGACUUGGACAAGAAUGGCGAACGUGUUCAGGCUGUUAUUCACCUUGAUGCUAUACUUUGGGGUGCUCAUCUGAUUGGUGUUGUGGGAGAGACCAUGAUCCCACAGAAAUUCAAGCACACAGAUUCCUUAGAUUCCUUCUAUUCAUACUAUGUGAACAAGUACACAGAUCAUCACGCUCAUGAAAUAGCAUUUUAG